AACUUGACAGCUAUCUGACAUAACAACAGUGUGGCAACCUUGGAAAACACUCAUUAGAAAUUGAAAUAUCUUAUAAUUACUCUUAUAUUGUUGGCAUUUGAUUGGAAAAAUCAUAAAUACUAUUUUAGUCUUGUCAGAUGUGAAAAAAUGGUAAAUUUGCUUUGAUUAGAAAAAUCAGAUGAUGGAAAAAGUGGAAGAUAUGACACAUUCAUAUGCAUUAACUCCUUUAACUGAUCAGUACAUGGUCCAUGUUGAAGAAAUGGAUGAUGAACAUGAUCAACUCACUGCUGAAAACACCGAUGAUUCGAAUCAUGAUGGGGAAAAGAUAGGAGCACCCUUGCGUGAACAAGAUCGUUUCCUACCUAUAGCAAAUGUUGCAAAAAUCAUGAAAAAAGCCAUUCCCGAGACAGGAAAGGUAACUAACAAAAUUGCCAAAGAUGCUAGAGAGUGUGUACAGGAAUGUGUGUCAGAAUUCAUUAGUUUCAUAACGAGUGAAGCAAGUGACCGCUGUCAUAUGGAAAAGAGAAAAACUAUUAAUGGAGAAGACAUUUUAGUUGCUAUGAGUAGUCUAGGAUUUGACAAUUAUGUCGAACCUCUAAAAAUAUAUUUGCAAAAAUACAGAGAAGCAGCCAAAACUGAUAAAAAUCUUGCCGGUGAAGGCAUGUUUGAAGAAAUUCCCGAAGAGUCAUUUGGUGCGAGUGGCAGUGUGACAGAUAGUGUAGGAACAGAAACGGUGAUAUAUACUUAUCAGGACAAUAAUUCUAUACAUCAAUUUCAAUUAGGGUAAUUUGUUAUAUAGGCAUAACUAUACCAUGAAACUCACUCUUUCACAUAUUUGAAAUAAUAAAAAGGUAAUAAAUGUCUAUUACACGUCA